GACGGGGAAAAGAAAAAGAAGAAGAGGUUAAAUCGCAGCAUUCUUCUGGCUAAGAAAAUCAUCAUUAAAGAUGGAGGGACGCGGCAGGGAGUUGGUGAGCCCAGUGUCUACCAUGCGGUGGUGGUUAUAUUCCUAGAGUUCUUUGCCUGGGGUCUGCUGACAACUCCCAUGUUAACGGUACUGCACCAGACCUUCCCACAACACACAUUUUUAAUGAAUGGUUUAAUCCAUGGAGUUAAGGGACUUCUCUCCUUCCUUAGUGCCCCCCUCAUUGGAGCAUUGUCAGAUGUGUGGGGCAGAAAGUCAUUCCUUCUCCUCACUGUUUUCUUCACCUGUGCGCCUAUACCUCUGCUCAAGAUCAGCCCGUGGUGGUAUUUUGCAGUGAUUUCUAUGUCGGGUGUCUUUGCUGUCACAUUCUCUGUGAUCUUCGCUUAUGUGGCUGAUAUCACCCAGGAACAUGAGCGGAGCACAGCAUAUGGCCUGGUGUCUGCUACUUUUGCUGCCAGCCUGGUAACUAGUCCAGCAAUUGGUGCCUACUUGGCUCGAGCAUACAGCGACACUCUGGUGGUAGUAUUGGCCUCAGGAGUGGCACUUCUGGAUAUAGGAUUCAUCCUAAUUGCUGUUCCUGAGUCGCUUCCAGAAGAAAUGCGUCCAGUUUCCUGGGGAGCACCUAUAUCUUGGGAACAAGCAGAUCCCUUUGCGUCGUUGCGAAAGGUUGGCCAGGAUUCUACAGUCCUCCUCAUCUGUAUAACUGUCUUUCUGUCUUACCUUCCUGAAGCUGGGCAAUACUCAAGUUUUUUUCUCUACUUGAGACAGGUGAUUGGCUUUUCCUCAGAAACUGUGGCUACAUUUAUUGGCGUUGUUGGAAUAUUGUCUAUUUUAGCUCAGACUGUGGUGUUGGGUGUUCUCAUGAGAUCUAUCGGUAAUAAGAAUACUAUUCUCCUUGGGCUUGGCUUUCAGAUCCUGCAGUUAGCUUGGUAUGGCUUUGGCUCUCAGCAGUGGAUGAUGUGGGCUGCAGGAGCAGUAGCUGCAAUGUCAAGCAUUACCUUCCCUGCUAUUAGUGCUAUAGUGUCACGCAAUGCAGAUCCUGACCAGCAGGGUGUAGUGCAGGGAAUGGUAACUGGUAUCCGUGGCUUGUGCAAUGGACUGGGACCUGCUCUCUAUGGCUUUGUCUUUUACUUGUUCCAUGUAGAGCUUAAUGAGAUGACUGAUGUGGAGCCUUCUGACAAGGUCCUUAAACCCAACAUGGCCAACCCUUCUGAUGAGAGAAGUAUCAUCCCUGGCCCACCAUUCUUGUUUGGGGCCUGCUCUGUUUUGCUGUCUUUGCUGGUGGCACUCUUUAUCCCGGAACAUACCAGCCUUACACUACGCUCUGGUGCUCAUAAGAAGCAUAACAAUGGUGCUCAGAGCCAUGCACUUUUGCCCCCAGCUCACCUCCCAGAGGGCAAGGAACCACUGCUCGAUGAUAGUAGUGUAUGA